CGAAAUCUCGAUCAAUCUACAUAGUUCGCUUAAUGUCGAAACCACAACCAGUUGCGGUAACAACUCCUACCGAGAACGAGAAGUCAUACGAAGAAGAACACGUACACAAUGUCUAUCAGACAAUUGCUUCACAUUUUAGUGACACUCGAUAUAAGCCAUGGCCAGUCGUCGAAGAUUUUUUAAAUGGAUUAGAGUUAGGCAGCAUAGGAGCUGAUAUAGGAUGCGGGAAUGGAAAAUACAUUGGUGUAAACCCAAAUGUCUGUAUACUGGGUUCAGAUAGGAGCUCCAAUUUAAUUCAGAUUGUACGAGACCGCGGAUUUGAAGGCAUGGUCUGCGAUGGGCUUAAUACUCCAUAUAGAACUGAUGCUUUUGAUUUUGCAAUUUCAAUAGCAGUCAUUCACCACUUCUCAACGCCGGAGCGUCGGCGGUCGGCCAUUGAGGAAAUUCUGCGCGUGGUCAAACCCGGAAGCCCUAUUUUGAUUUUUGUUUGGGCCCUAGAGCAAUCUAAGUUCAGUAAACGGAAUUUUGAUAAGACGCAGCAGGAUGUAUUUGUUCCCUGGAUGUUGUCUACGGCAAAGACCAACAACGAUGAGGCCGCCGUGGAAGAAUCGCCGAAGAAAGUGUACCAAAGAUAUUAUCACCUCUUUGCGCAGGGAGAGCUGGAUGAAUUGAUUGUAGAGACUGGCAUGGCGGAUAUUAGUCGCUCUGGGUAUGAUAGAGAUAAUCACUACGUUAUCGCUAUUAAAAAGUAAAACGCUGCAGUGUUUCUUACGCGUCUUCGGAUAAUGUAGUAUUUCUGAUUUUCAAUUCGCUUAUACUUCUGAAGGAUGCCAUACCCUUACGGAGAAUUAGCCGGGGAAAUGGAUAGUUGAGAGAAAAGCUGAUGUGACCAGUCGGGCAAUAAAAGCAAACAGUGUGUGUCCCGUAAGUUGCCCGCGUUUUGGUAAACCUUAUUUCAAUCCAUCAUACGUAUAAAGCGGGGUACGUUGGAGAAACUUGUUCUCAGAAAAGUAUGCCAUACAAAAAUCCGAUUCUUCCAGGUUUUCAUCCUGACCCUAGUAUUUGCCGAGUUGGCGAAGACUACUACCUAGUCAACUCUACCUUCGAAUUUUGGCCGGGCAUUCCAAUUUAUCAUAGCAAAAAUCUCGUUGAUUGGAAACUGAUCGGUCACGUCUUAACA